CGACAUUAUGGUACCAUCGUCCAUCUUAUAUCAAAAUUUGUAUUCUCUAAAGAGGAAGCCGUUACUUAAAUAAAUUCCAUUGGAGAACCAGGCGGCUGAAGCGUACGAAAAUCGACUUCACAACAUAGACUAGACGUCAAUUCCACUAACCUCCAGUUCUCCAUAUCUUCCAUCUCAACUGCUCUCCCUAAAUCCCCUACUAAAACCCCUUUUUUCUCUACUCAUUUAUUUUACUGUACAUAACUAACACAGCAUUCCAUUCAUUUCCCCGCAAUUUCCUCAUUUCUUCACUCCUAAAUUCAACAAUGGUGUUUAAGAAAACCGAAGUUUCACUUUCAACUCUGUUCAUCAUUCUCGCUAUUCUCUUCAACUUCACCUCUGCUCUCCAGAAUCUCGGUGAAACAUGCAUUUCUGAUCGAAAUUGCGAUCAAGGACUUCACUGCGAAACUUGUUUAGCGAAUCGCAAUCUUCGUCUUCGCUGUACUCGAAUUCAACCUAUCAAUCCUUUUUCUAAGGUGAGAGGAUUGCCGUUCAACAAGUAUUCGUGGUUAACGACUCACAACUCGUUCGCGAGAUUCGGCCAGAAAUCGGCCACUGGUUCGGUGAUUGUUGCUCCUUCGAAUCAGCAGGAUUCUGUUACAUCUCAGCUUAAUAAUGGUGUUAGAGGAUUUAUGCUUGACAUGUAUGACUUUGAAAACGAUGUCUGGCUAUGCCACUCCUUUGGUGGGCAAUGUUACAACUAUACAGCUUUUAAACCUGCAAAAGAAGUUCUGAAUGAGAUGCAGACAUUCCUCGAGGCAAACCCAUCUGAGAUCAUCACCAUCUUCAUUGAAGACUACGUUACAUCACCUAAGGGUUUGACAAAGUUAUUUGACUCUGCUGGCCUCAGGAAGUUUUGGUUUCCAGUUUCCAGAAUGCCCAAAAAUGGGGGAAAUUGGCCCACAGUUGAUGAUAUGAUUCAGAAAAAUCAGCGGUUGUUAGUAUUCACUUCAAAGGCUCAUAAAGAGGCUGCUGAAGGAAUUGCCUACAACUGGAGAUAUGUAUUGGAAAAUCAAUAUGGUGAUGGGGGAAUGCAAGCUGGCUCAUGUCCAAAUCGUGCAGAAUCACGUCCUAUGAACACUAGUACUAUAUCCCUAGUGCUGGUAAACUAUUUUCCUACUGCACCAAACCUAGCCUCUGCGUGCAAGCACAAUUCUGCUCCGCUAGAAAGUAUGCUGAGCACCUGUUAUAACGAGUCAGGAAAAAGAUGGGCCAAUUACGUAACUGUUGAUUUUUACAAGAGAAGUGAUGGAGGUGGAGUUUCAGCUGCUGUUGAUGAGAUGAAUGGACAUCUAGUAUGUGGAUGUGCAAGUAUUACUGAGUGCAGGGCAAACAUGACCUUCGGAUCCUGCAAUAUUCCUCAAGCUGGCCCUGACCCACCUAUGAUAGCACCUAUUGCGAGCGUUGGUUACUCAAAGCAGUUGCUUCGGAUCUGGUGGAUCUUUGGGAUCAUUUCUCUUGCCUGUUUGAUGGCAUUGUGAUCCAGUAUCCUGCGAGUGCUAGGCAUAGUACCAAUUGUUUGCAUAUCUUUUUUUUUUUAUCAUUCUUUUAUUUUGGGGGAGUAAGGGGAUGAAGAACCAAAUUAUUCUUAGUUAAUAUAGUAAAUAUUAUACAGGCUAUUGCAUCUCGUGUUGGGCUGUUAGGAUGAUAGUUAUUUUCUGUAACUACUCCUUUUACUUAUUAACAGUCAAUGAAGCUGUCUGUUAGAUCUUUUCA